AUCAACGGCAAAGCGUGUUCAAAAGAAACGAUUACGAGUUACCAUGCCUAGGGAAGAGUUAAAAUAAUUAAAAUCCCGUAAGACCCCAAAGAAUAGUUCGAAACGAGCUAUUAUACAACCCAGAAAGGGUUGGUGCGCGCGCACAACUUUAUAUAAACCGACGGGCAGGAGGUUUAUUAGGGCUCGUUAACGUACAGUUGCGUUAAGCUGUCAGGAAGGACGCUUCUUUAAAUGACAGAAAGAGCUCAGACCCAUAUUCUCGUGUACACAAGAGGUGAUCCUCGUGUACGUGAACGAGAGGGUGCCGCUGAAAAUGCGGAAACCUCAGUUUUAGUGAAAGAAGCUGAGGAGUUAGCGUUAUGGUUUUCGCUUAAGGAUACAUUAAGGGGAUGACGUUCUCGGAAGCCGAAAUGGGCUUAACUGUAGUACGAUGGGCACAAACACUAGAGAGGAAUAAAAAUAGUGGCGUACUUAUACAGUGAAUGAUUUUAGAUGUCGAGUUUAUUUUGUCAACAGUGAAAGAAGUUGACUUAGAGACCAUAAAAAUAUAUGGUAAAAAACUGUUAGAGAAAAGACAGGGAAAGCCGGUAUGGAUCGCGUUAGAAAGAACCAACAAGAAAUAAUACAUUUCGAAGAGGAGAGAGAGAUCCCGCCAGAACUUGGAAAAACAGAAAUAGGCUACGAACUUAAAGUAGGCAACAUAAAAAUAACAAUACACAAUGGUCUAUUAAAAGACACUAGCGAAGGCGUCUUAGUCCUAAACGGCAACGAACGAAUGAUUACGGGAGUCAGAACAUCAAGUGUUAUAUUUGACAAAUCAGCGGAGGACGCAUUAAAAGAAAUUUAGAUCUCUCGCGAAAAUCUGGGUAGACAAAGCCCUGGCUGCGUGCGGGUAAAUCGCCAUUAGUAGACAAGUUAAAGUAACACAUUUAACUCGAAUAGGAACUAGACAAUAUAAACAUUAAAUGACGAAUGUAAUUAGAAGAAUGACUACAGGAAUAAAUAAAAAUUUAAACAAGGGACCUUUGACUUUAAAUCUACUAAUGAAUAACAAAAAGAGAGAAUAGUUUAAACGUAUUCUUAAUGCGAUGUAAAGUGAGGUCGAUUUCAAGGUGAGAAUUCCAGCUGCGUCGGCAUAUGCAAUAAAAGAGACAAAAGGUCAGAAAAUGCUAAAUAAAAUUGUAAGCUCAGAUGGAGAAGAAAUAAAUGAAACAUCAUACUCUUACAGUCUAACUUCAGACAGUGAACCAGAACUUAAAAGAAAGAAAGAAGCGCGAUUGCGAUGGAAAGAUAGCGGAACUAUCUCGUUAUUAAAAGUGAGUCAUUUAAUUUAGAAUGAUUGGCCAUUCAUGAAAUUGAGAGGUAUGCGAUUUAAAAACCCUCUUCUAAAAAACGAAGCAGAAGUUUAGCCCAAAAAUGGGAUAAAAUAAUUAUUCCUGAAAAUGAACUUACGGACAAGUGAGAACAUCUAGCUUAUAGCCAUCAGCCAUGCAAAUAGAGAAGCACGACGGAUGGAGUAAAUCCGCAAAAAACGACGUUAUUUUAGGAAAAAUACGAUUAUUCAAGGAAAACAAUAAAAAGCAUUGAAGGCGUUGUAAAAACCUUGAGAACCGAAGUGAAACAUUUACGAAGCGAAGUAGAAAAAUUAAAUGCUCAAAAGGCGAUAGCAUCAAUGGGGAAAUUAGACAUUUCCUACAAUUGGGAAAGUAAAGAAGAGCCACAGAUCAAACCAUAUGAUACAGUAGGUCAAUAUUCUCCGGAAUUAUUAAGUACACCGGUUAGACAACUAGAAUUUGAAACUCCGCGUGUAGGUAAAGACAAACAGACUAAAAUACAAUCUAGAUGGCUGGAAAUACAAUUGACAGAGGCAGUUCAUAAGCAUAUAGGUGUUAAGGAAAAAUUAGAAAAUCACAGUGGGUUUAUGGUUAAAGCCGCAAAAAAUACCGACUUACCAAGAGAGACAAUUAUGCAAUCUCAGCAGAGGCAACAGAAAAAAAGUUAGAGAUUUAACAGGAACUCACACAUAGCUUAAUACGCGCCGUAAAAUACCAAGUGCCUCUCACUUCAGGAUGAAAUUCCUAUGUCAGACAAAGUAAGACUUUUACGAGAUGUAGGAAGAGAAAUAUAAUGAGGAUAUAAAUUAAUUACCACACUGAACAAUGUGACUAAUAAACAAAUAAAAUAACGAUUGGCUGAGUACGUCUUAACUUCUCAACGCGUAAAAACUUUGAGGGAAAAUGAGCCAAAUAAUAGGCGUUUCAAUAUACCAAGUAAAACGAACGCGGAUAAAACCGUAAAUGAUACAAUGACAAAUAGGGUGUAUAAUGCGCGAUUUCAAAGAGAGAGAGACCAUUUUAAUACUAGUACAGGUAAAGUACCAUUUCGAAGCGAAAGAGGCUUGGAGCGAAGUAAAUAUGGAACAGAAAGUGAAAGAGAGUUCGUAUCUAAUACGAAAAAAAAAAAAAACGAAUUAUGUCUUGGAGGAAAGAGCAGAGAACGAAGUACCUGAAAACCGAAUGCAGUUUCAGUCUCCUAAGCACAGAAUAGAUAACACAAAACUCAAAAAAGGUGAGAAGAAAUCAAACAAUGAAUGAUAAGGUAACGGACUCGGAAACCGAAGCAGAUCUUAACACGCAUAAUUGUCAGAGACCGAUAGAAACGUUGGAAUGACAAGAGAAUAAAGGUUUUGUUAAAACAGAAUAUCUGUGAUAGAAAUGUAAUAAAAACGUAUAUAUUAAAUAUUAAAUUCUGGAGCACAGCUAUCAAUUACAACAACACCACUAAAAGAUGAAGAGCAGAAUUAUUGUUCAGACGUACGACAGAAUUAAAACGGGAAAAAUAUUGGAAUUAAUACAAGUAAAUGUAACGAAAACUUACUUGCUGGAACUUGAGAAAAAAUAUUAAGAUAAAAGAAGUACAUUUAGAAGAGUAAUUAAAACGAAUUAGGAAUAAGAUUAUAGGAUCUGAGCAGAGAAAAAAAAAAAAGAUAAAUUAAUACGAAUGCUGAAAGACAACACUUUUUGGCAAAUUAAAAAAUUAUUGAGGAGCUAUUGAUGAAAACUACGCUCACGAAAAAUAAUAGGAGGAAUACGCGAACCUCAACGCCAGUAUCCGACCAAUAAAUUAGCCAAAAGAGAACUAAAUGGGAGAAUAUAAGAAUUGUUAGAGCAUAACGUUAUUAAGGAGGUAAAAUCUCCAAUAAUUAAUAGCCUGAUUCAAGUUAUUGAACCGGACAAUACAUUUAGAUUAGUGACUAGCUUCAAGGCUUUGAACAGAGCUAUUAAUCCGGACAAACGGUGUAAUAAAUGCACGUAAUAGGCAGCAUUAAGCGAGUGAAAGAAAUGCAAAUUUCUGUUGGAGAUUAAUUUAACAAAUAGGUCAACACCGCUAAUAGAGGCGAGUCAGAAAGAAAAGGAAAGCGUUUUCAGUUAACAAUAAAUUAUUGUAGAUUUCUGCAAGUAUUUAAAAAGCUCAGUGGUAUUUCAGAGCGUAAUGAGGGAUAUAUUAAGACUUACCGGUAGAAAUGUAUAUCGUUGACGUCCUAAUAAUAUCCAACAAUGAGAAACAACAUACUUAAAUAUUUGAUCAAACGCUGAAGAAACAAGCCGAUGCAUGUUUAAAAUAAAUAAAUAAAUAAACAAACAAAUAAUAAACACGAAUUAAUGACAGAGAUGGUUGAAUUUCUGGGAUUUUUUUAUCUCAGCAUGCAACCGUGGAAUUACGCAAAUGAGCGCAACACCGUCAUUAAGACUCCGAACAUCGUAAGACACGUUCAAGAAAAAAUAGUGGGUUGGUAAAAUUUAGCCAAAUGGCAAAGCCAAUGUAUGCCACCAUAAAAGAAAGCAAAUUGCAAGGGACGCAAGAAACCGAGCAUUGCGCAGCUUACAAGCGGCAAUUUAGACUCAGGCCAGCUAGAAGUAAAACAGACGAAAAAAAAUUUUAAGAUGAUCUUGAGAUGGAUCAAAUUAGUUAUCAAAUGAUAGCUAGAAAUUCUAAAAACAGUAUGCCUAUAAAAAAUUGUAACUGGAAAUUGAGAAAGGCCGGAUAAACAUUUAUUUCUGUAGACAAGCUUAUCAGCACUGUCAAAAAGUAAAAGAUAUCCUGAAUUACAGGGUCUAGCGAGGGGAAAGCAGAUCUUGGUAAAAUUCGGACAAAUUGGUCAUGGAGCAUCUGACUAAAGACUAAAUUAAGGUUGAGAGAGCAUUGAAUUCUCGAUGGCAGAUGUGAAAAUAGACUUUUAGAUCCAAAUUUAAAAAUCAGAAAUAGAGAAAAAAAUGAAAUAUCAGAAAACAGUUGAAUCUGUUUAAAAGCAUUGUAGUUUAUAAGGAUGGUUCUAAAGCACCAUAAGGAGACAAUGCAGGUUAGGCGUACAUUAAGCCGGAAAAACAGUAGGAUCGAGAAAGUGUCAAAGGAACAAUUAGCUGAAGCUAUUGCAAUCGUAAAAUCUUAAGAGAGGUUAAGAGACUUAAAAAGCCAACCACUUUGUCCUGGGAAUAAAUAGUUAAUACGUGGGAAAAAGCUUAAAUGAGGAUUUAAGUAUUAAGAAUAAAUUAAUAAAGGACAUAAGCGUAACAUCAACAUGGACAUUCAAAAGACAAUAGCGAGAUGGCUUUAAGCAAUAACGAAACUAACAGACUGGCUAGAAAGAGAAGAAUAAUUGUGCUUAGAGAGGAUGAGAAUAAUAUACAGAAAAUAACUACAGAAAAUUAAUCUUAUUUUACAACAUCUGAGCAUGAACUUAAUAGGUAAAAUCUUAACAAAUAAUAAAAUGCACGUUUCUAAAUGAAGGAAGAAAUAUCAGCGGUUCAGAUUGCUAUGUGAGAAUUGUAAGAAGAGGUUAUCACAAGUUAAGUAGCAAUUCAUAAUGUAGUAUAUUGCCAGAGAAAUUAAUGAGAAAUUAAUUUGUUGCCGAAGAAUAAGUUAAAUAACAAAUAUAUUUUGGUUAUUGUUGAUGGCUCUACAAAUUUUUAUUUUUUUGAUAAGGCACUAAUUCCAGAAUGACAAUAAAAGCAGUACAGGAACAGACUGCGCAAGGGAGACUAAGCAGUAUAAGGAAAGAAUAACACUAGCUAUUUUAUCGGCGGAGAGUUAAAAAAAAAAAAAAAAUACUCGCAAAAAAGCACAUGAAAUUAGCCCGGAGAAUAAAAGAAAUAAAAGAAUAUUUCAGGGCAAAUGCGAACUAACGCAAGUGGGAUUCAUUUUAAGAACAGGCUCUGUAUUAUAUUAAUUCAACAAGCGUUGAAAGAAAAGAAAAACCGACAUUGGAACGUAACAGAAAUUGCUUUCCAGGACAGAACGUCUAUAUAAGGUUAGUUCACAAGGAUAUGAACAAACCAUUUAAUGACCAUUUUGCUAAGAAAGACACGAUCGUGAAAGUAAUUGAUAAUUACACGAUUGAGUUAGAAAACAAUGGAAUUUGGUCCAAAAGACCAAAUCUCGUAUUUAUCUAAAUUGACCAUUGUCCCUCGACAAGCAGACGCCUGCUGUGAAAGACGCAUAUUAGAGUGUGUCGGUGCUGGGACAAAGAGGUCAUAAAACCCCCGAACUAAUGUUACCCACGAAAAGGCAUUAACGAUUAUAUGGUACUGGGGCAUGAGAUUUUGGUAAGUAUAGGGUUAGGAUGAGCUUUAAGAAUAAGUAUGAGACCUGGCUGUCAGACAACGUUAAACAAAACUUAAACAUCUACAAUGAGCCACAAAUAUAAAAUAAAAAAAGGUAAUAAAAAUUGGUACCAAGCUGAAAUAUAUUAUGAAAUUUAGUCAACCAAAGACUCCUUGAAGGGGGAGAUAGAUUUUUGAUCUUGAAGGAGACUUUAGUUGACUCUGACAACGCGAAAUUGACGAUGGCAAAUUGAAGCGUAACAACUUAGCAACUAAAUAAUUUGAACCAUGACAACUUCAUUUGACCAUGACAAAAGUGAAACAAAUUGUUUCGAAUACAAACUGUUUCGAAUUAAAGAAUAAAAAAUGGAAAAUGAGAGUAAAGGAAAAAAUGCAAAUGGAAAAUGAAAGUAAAAAAAAAAAAAAAAUGAGAAUGGAAAAUGAAAGUAGGGAAAGAAUAAAAGAUGGGAAAGUAGAAGAGACUAAAAUAACUCUCUUAUACUGUAGAUGCCACGGGAGUGCAUUAGUCUAUUGCAAUUUGGAAAUAUGCCAAAAAAGUGUGUAGACACACAUUUAAGUAUAUGUAAGAAAAUAUACAAUUGGCAAUAGCAUAAUGUUUAGAUACAAAAAUGUAUUAAUGUAGACAAUAAGAAUAUGCACCCCUAAAACAGGCAUACUGGAGUUGAUGUAAGUAUAAAAUACAUUGAAUGUAAUAAGAUAAGAAAGCAAUGAUGAAAUAGAAAAAUCAUUGGCUAGCAUUUGAAUGAGUGAGGAGUGAAGACUAAAAUAAUUUGGAGAAAGAUCUAAGAUGAAAUCGCACUGUGGAACAUUUCAGCCUGGUUGAACUUGGAGGUGAAAGUUCACCUACUCUGCCUUCGAAAUGUGAGUAGAACAACAACAACAUACGCUUUACUGCAGCUCACAAAUGGUUAAGACCACGUGUGGGUUUAAGUUAGUCUCUUUGGAAACUUACUAUAUCUAAAAUUUGCCAUGAUUGUUUGAUUUAAAUAGAAGCAGUAAAUACACAAAACUUAUUGAGGCAGUUAUGUUCUACAGUGCACUACAGGUAUAAAGUAUAUACAUUAAAUAAUUGUAUGCUGAAGUGAAAACUAUAAAAAGUAUUCAUGAUAAUUAAAAAGAGUUAUCAAGAUAAAAUGCAUAUUAUCAUCUUGGAGAUCAAAUAUAUCAAGCAGGAUAUAUAUUCAUAUGAUUUGGACUAGAAAAGUAACAUUAAAAAUGUAUUUAGACUAAUUUGGGUUAAAAUACUGACAUGAUGGGGCAGUGGAUAAGACACAUGCCUUUGGUGUGAGAAACCUAGGUUCGAAUCCACUGUGACACACCAUUGUGUCCCUGAGCAAGAUACUUAAUCCCUAGUUGCUCCAGAGGCGUGCGACCUCUGACAUAUAGCAAUUGUAAGUUGCUUUGGAUAAAAGCGUCAGUUAAAUGAAUGAAUGUAAAUGAUGUAACAUAAACACCAAGAGCAUUAUGCAUGAUGGUAAAAAGAAUGUUUGAAUAAAACAUUUCCAUUGGACAUUUGUAACUAAACAACAAAGAAUGUUACUUGUUAAAUCUGUCCCAGGAGUAGGUAAAAAAGAAAGAGAAGUUUCACACAUUCUCUGGAGAUCGUAACCAGUCAGAGAUGUUGUGAGGAUUGUUUUAAAGACACCACAGCUUGGCCUUUUGCUGAGUAUGUGUUGGGUGGUACAUAAAGUAAAAUUAAUUAUGACUAAUCUACCUCAGUUGCUACUUAAAUUUAAGGCUGACACUGAUUGUAAACAUAAUAUUGCUUACAAAUCUUGUUGAACAUCACUAGCCUUGGAAUGCUGCUAAAAGUUUUGUUUGUUUUGUUGAUUGUGUGUAUGUGUGUGUUUCACUGUUAAGAAAUGAUAGUGAGAGAAGGAGGUGUGAAGAGUUAAUAAUUUUUAAAUUGACCCUUGGGAGAACUAAGAUAUGUAGUGGUCAGACAUAAUAACAGCACCUAUGUUUGAUUUAAUUUUGAAGAUACAGAUUUCAAAUUUGUAAAAGCACAGCAGGAGUAAAUCAGAAUCUACAAAAAAAAUUGGAUAGUGGCAAAAUGUAUAACAUAUUGGGUGUAAGGAAAAAUGACAAUGGUAAAGUAAUUAAUAAGUGUGAUUGAAUAAAAUAUUAUACAAUACGUAAAGAAACUUAGAAAAACAGCACAAAGUCAAUCACAAUCAAGAUCAUUGUAAAAUCAAAUUAAUGCUAUGGCAUGAAAAUGUUUUUGUUUAAAAGGUCAAAAUUGUAAUAGGAGAUCUGUGCAGUUUUGAGCAGUUGGUUUAAGAUUAUUGGAACAUAUUGAAGUUAAUUUAUGAAACACAUUCCUCUUUGCCAUGAGGAGUAAAAGCAGAAGAACACAGAGAAGUUCAAAUGUGGAUCAUAAAUUAUCUCUCAAAAGACGAGUUGGUGUGAUUCAGCCACACACUCAUAUAUUUAAACUGAACCUUUUUGAAACACAGUUACAUGACCAGGAGAGUCUGAUUAUGGUGGACCACUUUUUAGAAAAUCAGGAAUUGGCAGAAGCGGUAAAUGAGGCUAAGAGAUUGGAACUUAGGAGAACAGUGAGGGGUCAAUUAUUAACAAGAUGUGGAACAGAAUAUUGGAUUGCAGUUCACAAGGAUGAAUGUGUCUCUUGCUACAGGCAUCCUUUAAUGCAAAGAGUUGAAUUCAGUAUGGGACACUUCUGUCGAGAUUGUUUCAAGAGUGUUAAGAUAAUGACUUGGGUUAAUGAAGAUAAGACAACAGAGCAUUACUUGACAACUUUUAAUCUAAUGGAACGCACUAAUGCUGCGUUAUUUCUGACGUACCGAGAUAUACUCAAAAGGCUUCACCCAGAGGUUGAGGAAAUAUAUUAUGAUAUUGAUGAACACAAAGAUUGGACUAAAGAUAAAAGAGACCAUGUAGUACAUGAGCUUCAUAGAAGUAAAACAUUGAGGGUUGUUAAACUUGAUGGAGUUUUUUAUCUCAUAGAGCUAAACAUCGAUGAUUGCAUCAAAAAGGAAAGGGUCUCAACUUCUGCCCCCCCAGUUCUCCAGAAGACUUCAAUGAUGACUGUGGCUCGUGGAGAAGUGCGUAAAAUGCAGGAGUCCAUGAUUCCGUUGAUUGGUCAUUGUAAACAAUGUAAGAUCAAUGGAAGGAGCCGCCAGUUCUUGUGUCAGAACUCUGAAGGAGAAUUGAUUGGUGCAUGCUACCAUGAGAUAACUGAUGGAAAAUUUAUAAAAGCAAAUUUUGGAGGCUAUCUGAACAUAGUGUUGCAAAGUGUAAAACAUUGGCCAGUAGGUGAUCAAGUAAAAGGAAUUAUAGUGGAAAGUAAUUGGGUAAGACCAAUACGCAAAGUUCCCUGGGUCAACAACUAUUUGAGUAUAUCUCAGCACAACAUUUUUACUAAUAAGGGUGAAAUGUACUUGAUGUUGAAAAAAUAUGAAAGGAGAGUUGGAAGAUAUCAGCCAUACUUAUGUUUGAAAAUGAGAACUUAAAGCUAGUAUAAUUUUGCAUGAAGGGGGUGUUGUGUAAGAUGCAAAUUAUCCAACCUUUAUAAGCCAAAUAAUACACCUAAUUUUAUAUGUAUUUCUUCUGAGCAAUAUAAACCUGUGGUUUGUUGUUUUAUACUCCUUUUACUAUGUUAAACUCUUUAUGUUACUUAAUAUGCCUAGGGUGGCUUUGAUGUAAAGUAUUAUAAUCAUUGAGUUAGGAGUAUAUGCAUGACAGCUCUUAAAUUGCAUGUUUAACAAAGUGACAUAUGGUUUUGUAUUUACUAGUUUAUUAAGAGUAGAGAGAUUGAUGCAUUAGAUAGAACAAAGCUUAAGGGGAUACAUUACAGUUUAAAGCAUGAUUUAAAGACCUGUCUUCGUGGGAGAAAACGCAGAGGAGUUCGGAGCAGAACGACAAAGAGACUUCGUCAUAUAUUUAAGAUAUUAGGGGACUUUCCCAGUAGACGUAAGGAUCAAAGGCGUGCCAUGAGGCCCUGAAUAUGAUUCCUGGAAUUCAGACCUGAGACCGUGCCUAUAAAUUGAUGCUGGUGCAGAACUUAGGCAGAUCUGGAGAGCGCGCAGCAUCCAGCAUCUCCGUUGUCUGACAGCCUGAAAUCUUGUGUGCUCUAGACUUAGUACUAAGACUUUGUAUUUUUGUCUUAUUACUUUUAGUUAACUUGGUAUUUUUAUUUCUUUUCUUUUUCUUUUUAAUUCGGCAAAACUUGUAAUCGCAACUAGCUAAAUUGUAUUAAUAAAUGUUUUAAAAGACAAGAAGAAGUGUGCUUGCGUGAACUUAGCUCAAAUAAUCAACCACGGGGAAGUCUUCUAAUAAUUAUGUGAGUAUAAUCCAGUUUUCAGUUUCUAUCUUAUUUAAGGUAAUGUACGAUUGGUAUACUAGGGAAAUAAUUAUUAGAUUUGACUGUCCUUGCCUACCCUGAAUAGAAAGAAUAGGCAAAAGGUACAAAUUUUC